AUGCGUGUUGCGUCUUAUUUGCCCCGAGCGAGCCUCCAAAGUAUGCAAUUCUCUUAUUUCCCGAGUGGGUGGUGGCAAGUUGGCUGGGCUGUACGGGUUGCCGUCUACUUCGAGGGCUGGGCUCAGAAACAGGCCUCUUCCUGCCUCCCCACGGAAGUGCUUUUCAGCUGUCUUAAAAUUUAUCAGAAAAGGGUUCAUUCUUUCUACUGGCAAUUUGGGUGCUGCUUGGACAGUGCCGGAAGCAUUUUUAGUCUGUCAAAAAGGGGUGUGAUGAGUUUGACAAUGUCCCUCGGCUGGUGCUGCCGAUGGUCCCAUCAUGAGCCUUCAGUAAUUUUCAGAACGCUUUCCCAUCACCUGACUGCGGCUAGUCGUCCUAGCGAUGGAGCGAUGCCCGGCCUGGAAGACCGGGCAAGCCGCCAGCGGCUGGUUCAGGCAGGCUGGGAAACAUCCGCGGCAGUCUCGGCAGAAACUCCGCCCAAUGAUAGCGCUCCAACCUCUUAA